AUGGAGGCCAUUCUUGUUCUGAGCACAGCCUCUGUUUCUGGGUCUCUCAAUCCGAACCGUCUUUCUGUUCUUUCCCAUCAAUCACAACGUUCUCAAAAUCGGGCUCUGGCACGCAAGAUAGUACGGACAUGGAAGCAGGAAGAGUGUUCUAGGGGGAAAGACUGUUAUGUAGACUGUGUACCGCUGAUACAGAGUUUAAGUAGACAAAAGAUGCCUCAUGUAGCUCAGGAGGUUUUACUUGUGAUGAAAUCGGAGGGUCUUAUUCCGAGCAACUCCACUCUAUCUGCUGUAAUGCUAUGUCAUGCGAAGAAUGGCCUUUUACCUCAAGCUGAGGCAAUUUGGGACGAAAUGUUAAACAGCUCUUUUGUGCCUGGUAUUCAGGUUGUGUCGGAGCUGUUUGAUGUUUAUGGUAAUGUGGGAUCGUUUGGAAAGGUGAAUGAGAUUGUCGGUCAGAUAAGAUCAAGGAAUUUAAGUUUGUUACCGCAGGUUUACUCCCUAGCUAUCUCUUGCUUUGGGAAGGGAGGGCAGCUUGAAUUGAUGGAAGAUACAUUGAAGGAAAUGGUAUCAAGGGGAUUCCCUGUAGACUCGGCCACUGGGAAUGUCUUCAUUAGGUACUAUAGCAUUUUUGGUUCUCUGACUGAGAUGGAAACCGCCUAUGAUCGCCUUAAGAGGUCCAGGUUUUUGAUAGAGGAAGAGGGAAUCAGGGCAAUGUCGUUGGCGUAUCUAAAGAAAAGGAAGUUCUAUAGUUUAGCUGAGUUCCUUAAGAGUGUUGGUCUAGGUAGAAGAAACUUGGGAAAUCUUCUAUGGAACCUGCUGUUGCUAUCCUAUGCUGCCAAUUUUAAGAUGAAAACCUUACAAAGAGAAUUUCUGAGAAUGGUGGAAGCAGGAUUCCACCCUGAUCUCACUACAUUUAAUAUUCGUGCCCUGGCUUUUUCGAGAAUGUCUCUACUCUGGGAUCUCCAUCUUACUCUUGAACACAUGAAACAUGUGAAAGUUGUUCCUGAUCUGGUCACUUGUGGUUGUAUUGUUGACGCAUACUUGGAUAGAAGACUGGGAAGAAACUUGUAUUUUGCUUUAAACAAAAUGAACUUGGAUGAUUCUCCGGUAGUCUUAACAGAUCCAUUUGUAUUUGAAGUUCUGGGAAAAGGCGAUUUCCAUGCAAGCUCAGAGGCAUUUUUGGAGUUUCGGAAGCAGAAGGAAUGGACUUAUCAGAAGUUAAUUUCAGUAUAUUUGAAAAAGCAAUAUCGAAGGGACCAGAUAUUUUGGAAUUACUGAAUAGUGACCUGCAGCAUGUGUAAAUACAUGUCUAUAAAAAUUAUUGUCAUAGACUGGAGUGAUACUUCUCGAUUGACUGGAUAAUGAAUGGAUGAUGAUUGUUGGAUUUUUCUGACUUCCAUGACUCUGGUAGAAUUCUCAUGUGACUAGAUCGUGCGUGAUAUUAUACAAGAUAGUGAUAUCAGCUCCAAUAUUCAUUGAUAUUAUACAAGAUGGUGAUAUCAGCUCCAAUAUUUGUCUUCCAUUGUGCAUGGACUUGGUUUAUGGUUGUUCCGGAGUACUGUUGUUGUUAUGCUCAUUUGAGAUAAUCCUAAUUUUUUCCUGAUCUCAUAGAUCUUAUGCAGGCUCUCCUUGUUCAGGCUGUUGCGUAUUGUCACUAUUGUGAUAUGGAUGACAUAUCAAUAUCAUGCAAUAUAGAUGCCAGCCUAAACUUAUCAAAGUUGUUGAAUGUUACUUUCACUCAGACUGGAAGUGAACUGAGAGAAGUUAGAAAUAAAGGUAAGACUAGUCCUACUAUUCUAUAAAUCACACCUGCUAAUCUGUCAUACAAAACUAAUUCACUUGGUGUCUGUUCCCAUUGCUGUUUACUGUAGUUUCUUUCUGAAUAAUUCAGUUAGUGUCUGUUCCCAUUGCUGUU